GUACAGACACUUAAUGGUCACUAGAAUAGGCUAUAAUUCACGUGUUGUCUCAAUUUACAAACACAUGUAUUUCAAUAAUUUAUAAAAUAGCAUUCAAUUUACUAAUUAAAUAAUAAUGGGAAAUAUUCUCAAGUAUUUGCCAGCAUUUGAUUCACACAAGAGAUUUCUAAUAUUUAAAGUGAUAACAUGUGCGGUGUUUGUGUCGUAUAUGGUGUCACUAAUAUCUACCAUCAUGUGGUACCAAAAUACGUCCAAAUUUAUUCUGGACUCCGAUAAAUGGACUGCUAUGUAUAGUCAGGAAACCCUUCGCGUACUGAAUGUAGUGACCCCGGUAUGUGGGAUGAUAGUGGCAGUCGUGGCGGUGUUUGGUAUACUUCAGGAGAACAAAUAC